AUGAGUUGGUUAUCGUCGGUCAGUCAAUUGACUAGCUCAGUGUCCAAUACGGUCUCGAGCUAUGCCAACGAGCUCAUUAAGGACGAUCCGUACAAGAAGGAUGAAGAUUAUCAAGGCGAUGGACCAGACGAUGAAGCCGCCAUGAUGCAACGCAUCCAAUCUCUCGAAUCCCAGAACGAGCGAUAUCAGAACGAACUGCAACGUAUGCAUCUAGAACACCAACAGAAGUUACAAGAAUCGACUAGGCAGAUAAAUGAACUCCAAGCUCGUAUUGCAAAUCAGUCAAACAUACAGCAGCAGCAGUCUACACCUACACUAUCACCACAACAGCCGUCAAAUAGUAGUAGUACAGACGCCCUACAAUCUAAACUCAACCAAGCAGUCGCCCUCCUCAAACGUCUAAAAGAUGACAAUGCGGCCCUGACACUCCAAAAAGCUAAUAUAGAAGCCAAAGCAAAUCAGCAAACAAUGAGUUUACAGUCUGAAAUACAGCAUCUGAAAAUCGAGUUGGAAGCUAUUCAGGCUACCGAUUUACAGGAUAGCAGGCCCAAAACACCGUCGAGCAGUUUGGAGGCUGAGGUUGUCAUGCUGAGACAGUUGAGUAGUGAGCGGGCUGCGAGGGAGGAGGUUUUGCAAAGGAGUGUGGGUGAUUUGCAGGCGAAACUUGCUGCUGCCUUGGGUAAUAGUAAGAGUGAGGAUACGAUGAAAGCCGAACUGGAAAGGCUUCGAGCAGAUCAUGUCGAACUCGAAAAAUUACGAGCUGAUAAUAUAGCACUGAAUCAACAGCUCACUAUAAUGGCUUCUGAGAGGGAUGUCGUGUCAAACGAGAAAGACAGCUUAUUAGCUGACGCCGACAAGAGACAUGAUUCUCUACGUACCGAACGAGAUCAGCUAGAACAAGCUCUCGUUCAAGCAAACCAACAGAUACCGACGAUACUUGAGCAGUUAAAACACUUGCAACAAGUUAAACAGAGUGACGAGUUACAUCUUGCUAAAUUACAGAAUGAGAAUCGAGAGCUGAGUGAUCGUAUAACAGCUCAACAAGAAAUAAAACAAGGUGAUGAGCAACGGCUUGUUAAACUCGAGCAUGAUAAUCGUGAAUUGCUGGAACGAUUACAGGCUGUGCAAGUGAAUGGUACUGGAUCCAAGAAUAAUAGUCAGACUAAUCUGGAUCUGGAUUUGAAAAUUGCCAUGAUGGAAGAAGAGAACUCGAAUCUUACCAGCAAACUCGCCGAGCUAGAGCAGUCUAUCGUUGCCGAAAAAUCAAAUUACGAAUCGAGAUUAUCGCAACUCGAGACAUCCAAUCGUGAGGCUAUAAAUGCACGGGAUAUAGCACAGGAUAAAUUAGAUGAAGUCGAGAAGGCUCUAGAUGAAUUAGUUGCAUCUCAUGAAGAAGAGUUGCAACAAUUGGUGGCUAAAGAUAAAAAGGCUCGGAUGGAAGAUAGUGCCAAGAUACAUUUAUUGGAGGGGCAGCUGAAACAGUUGCAAGAUGCUACUUCGGAGCAGUUGAUGAGAGUUACAAAAGACAUGGAUGAGAGAAUUGCUGCACUGACUGCUGAACGGGAUGCUGCCAUUGAGGCAUCCAAUAAUAAUAGUAGUAAUAAUGAUAGUAGUGUUGAUCACGAAUCUGUCAUAUCCGAGCUACAACAUACCAUAUCUUCACUCUCGAAUGAAAACCGAACUUACAAAAUGGACGUUGAGGCUUCAAGAAAGAAACUUGAAGCCGAUCUAGAAGCAUCCAAACAACAAAACGAGGACUCAGCAGCUCAGAUACAUAAACUAGAAGCUGACCUCAUCAAACUAUCCCACAUAUCUGAAGAAUUAUCCGCCUCUGAAUCCGAACGUAACGCAUUAUCGAGACAAGUAGAAACUCUGCGGCAUCAAAUCCAAGAAUCUGAAUCAACAUGGAACUCGAAACAUGUAGACGAGUCUUCAGUAUGGCAGAAACGAGUAGCAGAAUUAGAAGAAGUAGUUACGCAGCUACGUCUAAGUGUUGAGCAAACACGGGCCGUAUUACAUGAUCGAGAAGACGAUUUAGCUACACAUAUAGAUUUGGCUCAUCGACGAGAAAACGAAUUGACUGAACGGAUUCAGGAGUUGGAAGCUACUCCAUCAUCAUCUGACGACAAUAUAAAUGCUCCCCAUCAUUCUGGCCGUGUAUCGCCAUCUGUCGAUGUACUUGUCCGUGUACGACAAGAAGAUGCAGCUAUAAUCGCAUCUCUCAACCAAGAUAUAGAGUUACUACGAGAUGAAAUGGUACGAGAGAAACGAGAUUCCGAUGAUCGGAUUGCUGAAACUCGGAGACGACUACAACAAGCUGUUGAAAUUGGCAAAAAGAAGGCUGCUGAAGUUGAAGAAUUGAAACGGGUGAUCAAUGAGUUACCGUCAAACUUGUCGGCGAAUGAUGAGGAUACACAGAAACAGUUGGAAGAAGUGUAUCAGGUUCUUGAAGCUCGUGGACGUGAAUUGAGUGAAGCUCGAUUGUCGGCCUCGAGACAUGCACAGGAAGCUGAAGCAUACAAGACGAGGAUGGAGGAAUUUGAGUCUGAAAGACAUAGUAGGUUGGAUAAGAUUAAGGAGUAUGAGUUGGAGAAUCAUGAAUUGAGGCAGCAGAUUGCGGUGCUGGAGAGGCAGGUUGAAGGGUUUAAUCAUCAUCCUGACGAAUCCACCAUAACUCGAUCAAUAACUCCAGCUACAGAUGCGAUAUCUGAAACCACUACAGCUGCCGUGAGAGAUACCAAGAACAAUGUUCCAGCUUCCCUCGUCAUUGAUUUAUUGACUUCAUUAUCUGAAAAUCGACAAGUGCAUGUCGAUGUGGAUGGUAUAGAUGCAGCAUAUACGACACUUCAAGCCAUGAUUUCAGAUAUGGCUGCUUCUUCUGAGCAGCAUUCUAGAGAGAUGGAGAAGCUUCAGAGAGAUCAUGUGUCAGUAGUCGAAGAAUGGAUGCACAAAGCUAGUUCGGCUGAAGAGGAGAGGAAGCGAAUGGAGACUGAGAGGUCAAUGAUUAUGGAUCGUAUGACUAAUAUGAAGAAUGCUAUUGCUCCUAAAUUGCAGGCUGAGAUGGACGAAUCAAAUCGGCUACGCCAACAAGUAGCAUCGCUCAGUACUCAACACGCACAACUUUCACAAACUCUUGCUCAAUACCAACAAGAACGAGAUUCCUUAUUUUCGGAGCGCGACUCUCUAGCCUCCCAACUAGCCUCUUUAACUGAAUCACUCAACACCAUGUCUGCACAAUCCACAACAUCAUCAUCCACUACCCAAAAACUAGAACAAGAACUAGACAACGCCACUCACGAACUCGAGAAAUAUAAACGAGACAUGGCACGUCUCAAAGCCCAUUUACUCGAAACUGAAGAAUCAUUCACACGAGAUUCAACAGAACGAGAAGCAGCCGUAUCUGAAUAUUCUCGACGAGUUGCAGAGUUGGAAUCAGAACGUGAUUCGUGGAGCGCCAUUGUUGAAGAAUUGCGUAAUGAUGCAAGGUCGGAACGAGAGAGAUGUGAGGAAGCCAGUGAGAUGAGUGAGGUGCUGAGAGAGGAGAUGGUUGUGUUGAAGGAAGGUUUGAGGAGUAAGGAAGAGGCCUUAGGGAAUUUGCAGAGUGUGUUGGCUGAGUUUCAAGCUGCAAAAGACUCUGAGAUUGAAUUCGCAUUGGAUGGAAUGCGAAGACAAUUGGCUAUUGCUACAAAGAAUCUCCAGGAUAUGAAGAAGAGAUGUGAUGAUGCCGAGGCCAAGCUUGUGCAAUCUGAAGAUGCUGGUCCCGAAAUAUCUAGAUUGGGCAAGGAGCUGAGUGAACGGAAUGAGCAAGUUGGGAAGUUGAGACAUACAGCCGUUCAACUGCAAAACCAUCUAAACGAAGCCCUCCGUCGAAUGCGUGACGCCACAUCAGCAGAAGACGCAGUUGAUCGACGCCUCGUAUCGUCUCUCGUCGUGAAUUUCUGUGCUGCACCUCGAGCUGGAGCCGACAAGACCCGUUAUGAAAUAUUACGAGUGAUGGACGGCAUACUGAAAUUCACUGAAGAGGAGAGAUGGAAGGUCGGAUUAGGGAACCGGCCUAGAGAUUCUGUUACGGGUAGUGAUGGUGGUGGAAGGAGUCCUGGUGGUGUUGGGGGGACUCCUGAAAGGAGCGCUAGUGAGUCAUUCACGGAUAUGUGGAUAUCAUUCUUGUUACGAGAAUCGCAGGUGUCCACCAAACCGCCAACAAGUACAGAUGGUAGUUCUGCUGCUGCUCCCUCUGCUCCUACACCACAAUGA